AUGGCCGCCUCCAAGAAAUUCGCACUCUUGUGCCUGGAGAACCCGCUGCUUGACAUCCAAGCGGUCGGCACCGAGGAGCUGCUGAACAAGUACGGGCUCAAGGCCAACGACGCGAUCCUGGCCGAGGCCAAGCACCUGCCGCUGUACGAGGAGCUGCUGAACAACUACGACGCGAAGCUGAUCGCGGGCGGCGCGGCGCAGAACACGGCCCGCGGCGCCUCGUACAUCCUGCCCGCCAACAGCGUCGUCUACCUGGGCGGCGUCGGCGACGACAAGUACGCCGCCAUCCUGCAGGACGCCGUCAAGCAGGCCGGCCUGCGCGUCGAGUACCGCGUCGACCCGACGGAGCCCACGGGCCGCUGCGGCGUCGUCAUCACCGGCUACAACCGCUCCCUGUGCACCGACCUGGCCGCCGCCAACCACUACGACCUCGACCACCUUAAGAGCCCCGAGAUCUGGAAGUUGGUCAAGGGCGCUGAGUUUUACUAUGUUGGUGGCUACCACUUCACCGUCUGCCCACCCGCCAUCAUGGCUCUAGGUGAAGAGGCCGCCGCCAACGACAAGACCUUCGUCGUCAACAUGUCGGCCCCCUUCAUCGCCGAGUUCUUCAAGGACCCGCUCGACGCGAGCGCCAAGUACUGGGACGUCGUCAUCUGCAACGAGACCGAGGCCGCUGCCUACGCCAAGUCGCACGACCUGCCCUCGGGCGAGUCCGACAUCGCCGCCGUCGCACGCGCCCUCGCCGACCUGCCCAAGGCCAACGACAAGCGAAGGCGCCUCGCCGUCGUCACCCAGGGCACCCUGCCCACCCUCGUCGCCACCCAGGGACAGCAAGACGUCAAGGAGUACCCCGUCCACGCCAUCGCCGCCGACCAGAUCAAUGACACCAACGGCGCUGGUGACGCCUUUGCCGGCGGCUUCGUGGCCGGUCUUGUCCAGGGCAAGCCCCUUGACGCCUGUGUCGACAUGGGACAGUGGCUUGCGCGGUUGAGCAUCCAGGAGUUGGGCCCCUCGUGA